CCACAUGGGUUGGAGGAGGUUACAUCAAUGGGACAGCAGAAGCUGUGUAUGUUCCAGGCUAUGGUCUAGCUUGGGCUCAGGCACCUAUCGGAUAUUCCCUAAGCCUGAUUUUAGGUGGCCUCUUCUUUGCAAAACCCAUGAGAUCCAAAGGCUAUGUGACAAUGCUGGACCCUUUUCAGCAGCUUUAUGGAAAAAGGAUGGGAGGGCUGCUCUUUAUUCCAGCUUUAAUGGGAGAGAUGUUUUGGGCUGCUGCCAUCUUCUCUGCCUUAGGUGCCACUAUAAGUGUGAUCAUUGACAUUAAUGUCAACAUCUCAGUCAUUAUUUCAGCCCUGAUUGCAACUAUGUACACGCUUGUGGGUGGGCUUUAUUCUGUGGCCUACACAGAUGUAGUUCAGCUCUUCUGCAUCUUCCUGGGACUGUGGAUCAGUGUACCCUUCGCCAUGUCCCACCCUGCAGUGACAGACAUCGGGCUCACGGCCGUGCACCAGGUGCACCAGGAACCUUGGCUUGGAUCUAUCAACUCACUUGACAUUUACACAUGGCUGGACAAUUUCCUUUUACUGACAUUGGGAGGAAUCCCUUGGCAAGCCUAUUUUCAGCGAGUUCUCUCCUCAUCUUCUGCCACGUACGCUCAAGUUCUGUCAUUUCUGGCUGCUUUUGGCUGCAUAGUGAUGGCUCUUCCUGCAGUGCUCAUUGGUGCAAUUGGAGCAUCUACAG